UCUGGUUUCUGACAGUGUGACAAUCACACAAGAAAACUGAGAAGAUGAUGAAGCUCUCUGUCUUUCUGAUUUGUGCAGUGCUGUGUGUUCUGCAGACUGCAACUGCUCAAGUAAAGUUCGGGCAGCUCUGCAGUGGAAACGCAGCGAACACAAAGCGAGGCUGCGACACAACAUACGGCUGUGGAAACUACGGGGCCUCACGUAAUGGUGGGAAGAGUAAACACAGUGGUCUGGACAUUGUGUGCGCUGAUGGUGCGACAGUUUACGCUCCGUUUGAUGUGACAAUAACCAGGAAAGCCGUUCCAUACACUCACAACAACGCCAUCAACAACGGCCUGCAGCUCUCUGGGGGAGGUCUGUGCUUUAAGCUGUUCUAUCUGAAACCUGAUAAAUACAGCGGAUCUGUGAAGAAAGGACAGAAACUCGGGACGCUGCUGCCCAUGCAGACGGUUUAUCCAGGAAUCACAUCACACAUCCACGUGCAGCUGUGUGACAAGUCCAACCCCACCAAGUACUUCUGAUCUCACACACACGCACGGCAAUGACUCAAGUUCAGCUUCAUGCAUCACCUUCAGAGAUUCUGCUUUCUACUGAACAUGAUAACAAAAAAAUAAAGCUCAUGGAGAAAGA